GUUUAGAUUAGAUUAGACGAAUCAGUAGUAUGGAGAAGAUUCAUAUCGUUUGCAUCCCAUAUCCACUUCAGAGUCACAUAAAUGCCAUGAUGAAGCUAGCAAAAAUUCUUCGUUUCAAAGGCUUUCAUAUAACCUUCGUAAACACAGAAUUCAAUCAUCAACGAUUACUAAAUGCAAGGGGGCCAGAUUCCGUCAAAGGCUUACCUGAUUUUCGUUUGGAAACAAUCCCUGACGGUCUUCCACCUCCAACCGAUCCAAAUGCUAGCCAAGAUUUCUUAGCCAUUUCCAUCUCCAUAGAAAAGAACGGCUUAGAACCUUUCCGAAACCUUAUCUAUAAACUCAACGAUACAAAAUACUCGAAUGUCCCUCCUGUGAGUUGCAUAGUUGCUGAUUGUUUUAUGAGCUUCACUCUACAAGCAGCUAAGGAGUUCGGAAUCCUUGAAAUGUUAUUCUGUCCCAUUAGCUUCUGUGCUUUCGCAUGUUUUCUGCACUUUCGCGAUCUUAUCCAAAGAGGUCUUGUUCCACUUAAAGAUGAGAGCUGCUUUACAAACGGGUUCAUGGAGAAUACACGAAUCGACUGGAUACCAGGUAUGAAAGAUAUCAGAUUUAGAGAUCUCCCAGGUUUUGUUCGAACUACAGAUCCCAAUGAUGCCAUUCUCCAUGCUUCAAUGAUAGAAAUGGGAAGAACAUAUGAGGCUACAGCCUUGAUUUUCAAUACCUUUGACGCUCUGGAAAAAGAGGUUUUGGAUGCAUUCAAGUCUCAACUGUCACUGCCACCUAUUUAUGCCGUUGGUCCUCUUCAGUUGCUCCUCAAUCAAAUUCCACAAAGGGAGUCAGUGUCUCUUGGAUCAAAUUUGUGUAAUAUAAAGACACACCCAAAGAAACGUAAAAAGAACAAAUGAAAUAAAAAAAAACCUAAAAAUUCUACCUAAGCACAAAUCCGCGUCGG